UUGGCCUGUUUUGGCCUUGAUUCCCACGAAUUUCUGAAAACGACACCACUGUACACAAACAUGAGUGGUGGGCGGUAAUUUCCUAUGAAUCGAGGUGGAUUCUACAACAGAGAUUUGCUCGAUUCUAGUUUGCAAUUCGAAAACACAAUUGUUUUCGGCUUUCGUCAUGCAGAAAUGUGUUAUAACAAUUCUUUCUCUUUUAUAUAACUUGCUAAAAUAUGGAGAAACAGCGUGUUACUAUUCAUCGAACGCUUGUCCCCAAGUUAAAAAAGACUUCUUGAAUGUGCAUAUUGUUCCCCAUUCUCAUGAUGACGUUGGCUGGUUGAAAACCGUUGAGCAGUAUUAUUAUGGAGCUAAUAACUCAAUCCAGAAUGCUGGUGUUCAGUAUAUUUAUGAUUCAGUUCUGGAAGAACUGUGGAAGGAUUCAGAGAAGAAGUUUGUUAGUGUUGAGAUGGAGUUUUUUUCACACUGGUGGAAAGAACAAGGCAGCCAUACGAAAAGAAAAAUCCACAAAGUAGUUGAAAGAGGACAACUAGAAUUUGUUGGCGGAGGCUGGUGCAUGAACGAUGAAGCUGACGCGUCGUACGUCGACAUCAUCGAUCAAAUGACUCUGGGAUUAAAAUUUCUGAAUGAUACGUUUGGCGGUUGUGCUGCGCCAAAAGCUGUCUGGCAGAUCGACCCAUUCGGGCACUCAAGAGAGCAGGCCUCCAUUUUCGCACAAAUGGGUUUUGAAUACCUCUUUCUCGGUAGGAUUGACUACCAAGACAAAGCUGCUCGAUUAAGCAACAGAGAAAUGGAGAUGACGUGGGUUGCGUCUGAUAGUUUGAACACCAGCAUCUUCACUGGAGUGUUGUAUAAUACGUACGGCCCUCCGCCUGGAUUUUGUUUCGAUGUUCUUUGUGGUGAUGAAACAAUUGUGGAUGAUCCGGAUAGCCCCAUGUUCAACAUUGAUCGCCGAUCGAAAAAAUUGGUAGUCUAUAUUUUGGAGCAAUCGAAGCAUUACAGAACUAACAAUAUCAUCAUAACCAUGGGCGAAGACUUCCACUAUCAAAAUGCCCAUACAUGGUACAAGAAUCUCGACAAACUAAUCAAGUAUAUAAACAAAGCCUACUUUAGUAGCAACAUACGCCUAUUUUACUCUACACCUUCGUGUUACGGUGAAGCGGUGAAAAACGCGUUUAUCGAAGCGUUGCCGCGCAAAACGGACGAUUUUUUCCCAUACGCAAGUGACCCACAUGCCUACUGGACGGGGUAUUUUACCUCACGCCCGACUUUUAAAGGAUUGGUUCGGCACAGUAGUAAUUUGCUUCGGGCGUGUAAACAGAUUCAAGCGAUGACCGUCAAGAGGCGCUCCAACGUUCUUUUCCAAUUUCAACGAAGCCAGGCGAUUGCUCAGCACCAUGACGCUGUAACUGGCACUGCUAAGCAGCAUGUGAAUAACGAUUAUUUACUACGUCUAGACCAAGGUAUUCGCAGUUGUUCAAAAAUAUUUUCGGGAUCGUUCAACCACCUGCUGUCAUUGAAUGGAUCAACUAUGAGACAAGAAUACUGCACAAUGCUGAAUAUCAGCCAGUGUUGGACGACGGAACAGAAUGCACCGUUUAUUGUCACGCUCUACAAUCCAGUUACCCUACGUUCCAGUCAUACUGUCCGCAUACCAGUUGCUGAUGGAUCUUACGCCGUUACCGAUCAUGAGGGUAGAUUAGUUCUGUCGCAGAUGGUACCAAUUGCCGAAGCUGUUUUACGUCUCCCAGGCCGCAAUAGCACUGCUACAAAUGAACUUGUCUUUAUAGCUGAAGAUCUCCCACCUUUAGGUCUUCGCUCCUAUCAUGUUCAAACUCCAGAAGGCAAACCAGGCAAGCGGAUGUUGCGUUCCCGACCAAGAACGAUUCAGUUGCCAAAUGAAAAAGACGUCACUGUAUCAGCAUAUGGCUUAUCGUUGACAUUUGAUCGCCAGACUGGCCAUUUGAUUCAAGUUGGUAACGAAACGUUCCAGCAGCAACUGUUGUUCUAUCGAGGAAUGUCGGGUAACAAUAGUCGGUUUGAAUUUCGCGCUUCGGGCGCUUACAUCUUUCGACCGAACGGAACCGAGGCUUUUCCUCUGCAGCCCGUUACUAAGCUAACGACCAUUUUCGGCCCGAUCGUUACGGAAAUUCGACAACACAUCAAUGCAAACACAAUGCAAAUUUUCCGUUUUCAUCGCAACGCAUCUUACAUCGAACUGGAUUGGAUUUUGGGCCCCAUUCCAAUUGAUGAUGGCAUUGGGAAAGAAUACAUUUCUCGUUUUACUGGGCCGGCCAUCCAAAACAACGGGACAUUCUACACGGAUUCGAACGGGCGGGAAAUGUUGGAGCGUCGAGUGAACAAUCGGGCGACCUACAAGCUGAACGCGACUGAGCCCACAGCGGGAAACUAUUAUCCAGUCAAUUCUCUGGCCUAUGUCGAGAAUAAAUCGGCAGGAAUGAGGAUGACAGUGUUAAAUGAUCGAGCUCAAGGGGUGUCCAGUUUGCUACCGGGCUCCCUGGAGUUUAUGAUACACCGACGACUGUUGCAUGACGAUGCAUUUGGAGUUGGCGAGGCUUUGAAUGAAACAGCGUAUGGCGUCGGUUUGGCUGCAAGAGGAACACAUUGGCUGACGUUGGGAAAGUCUGGAACCGUAGCGCGAUUUUUAGCGCAGCGAAUGGUUCAUCCUCCUAUUCUCAUGUUCGCUCCCACGACGUUCUCAGCGUCGGAAUUUCGCCAAUCUUAUCGGAUGGAGUUGGCUCUGAUCAACCGAGACCUCCCGCCGAAUGUAAAUCUUCUGACUUUGGAACCCUGGGACGAUGAAGGCCGCGUUUUGGUUCGUUUUGAACAUUUUUACGGUGUCGGGGAGGACGAGAGAUUUUCUCAUCCAGUCACCAUUUCUCUUAAGGAACUUUUUCCAACGCUAAAGAUCAAAACUGUAGAAGAAGUCAACUUGGCAGCCAACAGGCACAUUAGGACUCUAAACGCUGAUGAACUUGUGCUAAAUCCAAUGGAAAUCCGCACACUAAUAGUGUCUACAUAAACACGAAAUUCCCGAAAAAUCCAAGUACAUUUCUUCAUCCAUGUUUAUUGAAGCCGGCAAGUAAUGUCAGAAUCAGGGACCAGCCCCUCUGUGCCUCGCAAAGAGCCGCGUAACACUCAUUCAUUAUAAUUUACGUUAACUAGUUAAUAAUGGUUGUGGUUUUGGGGGGGGAAGGUGAGAUAGAUGGUAAUAAUCAUAAUUACUAAUUCGAGUCAACAAGGUAAAAAGAGAAUUAAAGCAGCAAGAACAAAAUAAAGCAAAUUAUAACAAUAA